CUCAACCUUCAUCAAUGGCGAUGGUCAAUCCCCGACAAGACGAGCGAGCCGGAGCAGAAAUUGCCUACGGACCCGAAGAAUGCUACCGAAAAUCAGUGGAGCUGUUAAAGGAACUAGGGUUCCCGAGUGGCGUGAUGCCGUUGCAAGAGCUCGAGGAAUGUGGGAUUGUGAAGGAGACGGGGUUCAUUUGGAUGAAACAAAAGAAGCCCUAUGAGCAUUUCUUCGAGACGACGAACUCGAGAGUUGCAUACGCGACGGAGGUGACUGCGUACGUGGAAAAGUUGAAGAUGAAGAAGAUGACGGGGGUGAAGACGAAGCAACUACUUUUGUGGGUUCCGAUUUCGGAGAUGAGUAUUGAUGAUCCUAAGGGGAAGAAGAUUUGCUUUAAAACUCCAAUGGGGAUUGGAAAAUCGUAUCCUGUUACUGCGUUCAUGGUGGAUGAAGAGAAGAACAAGUAUUUGGAGAAUGUUGAGGAUUGAUUUUUCGUUGCAUUUCUUUUGUUGCUGUUUUUUAUUACUAAAUAAGUUUGGUUUAAUUUUAUUUAAUUAAGGUUAAUUACGAUAUAACGUUUCAAU